GGGUUUUGUAAUCUAGUAAUUCUGCUUUAUCUGUAAUUAUAUGUUCAAAAUUUCUUAGUCUUUUUUUGCUAAUAAAGUAUGAUUAAGUUGUAUUACGCAACUUCUUCAUAUAAACCAACCUACUAAAGUAAUUAGUAUCUUUCCUUUAUGUUAGAUUGUAUCAUUCGUUGGACAUCUGUUUGUCAAUGAGUUGAGGGUUUGCGUUUUAUUUUUGGGUAUAAAGUUGUGCUCUUUUCAACUGAAUUCGGUCAUUUGAAUUGAACUUAUUUGUGUUAAACUGACAUUAAUGGAACUGACCUCAACUCAAUUAUGCUGAGGUGAAGUGAAACUUCCUAAUCUAUUACUACAAGUAGUACUACUGUACUAGUGUUGUUACUCCUAUAAGUGUAAUUCGGAAGAAACACCUUAGAAAUAUGAUAUCUUUUAACAAACUACUGUGAGUUUUGUUAAGGAACACCUGUAACAAACUUCUCUAAGUUUUGUUAAGGAACACCUGUAAUUCGGCCACGGCAGGAAAGAAUCUAGAUUAAUCUAGUUAAAAAUUUACUUAAAUUCCCUAUCAAGAAUUCAUCAAUAUUAGGGUGCUCUCGCUUCGCCUUAAAACAAAUAAGUUUGAGGGUUGAUCAAGUCUAAUCAGGUAUAAAUAAAAAGUGAAAUCAGGUUUGAUGAGGUCCAAUCAGGUCUAAUAAGGUCAAGUUAAGAGAAUGUGCCCUUAGUUGGGUUUGAGCCACAUUGAUUUAUAGAGGAUAACUUAGACCCCAUAUAAACUUGAAUGAGGUUCCAUUCUAAAAUCAAUUAGUGUGAGAGGAGUAAAAAUGUUCCAGUUCAAGUGGAACAUUACAAGAAUUCACUUAUAAAAACGAACAUUCUAUUGUUGAAAUGCAACAUUACAAGAAUUCACUUACAAAAACGAACAUUUUAGUUUUGAAGUGGAACAUUUUUACAAGGCAAUAAACCUAGUACUAUAUACACAUAAACAAAGGUACAAAGAACAAGUGAAAAAACAUUUUUAAAUUUGAUCAUUGAACUUAUACUUUGCAUUUUGUUUCCUCAAUCCAAACAAGUCUGAUUCAUAUAUUUUUGUUUCAUUAUAUUCAAUUAAAUGUUCAAACAUAUAAAUGUAACAUGUACUCCCUUGGUAUUUUUGUUCUUCCUACCUGGAAUCUUGACACUAUUUACAAUUUGAGAAAGUCUUCUAAUUCUUUUCAAUAUAUAUUUAAAAAAUAUAGUCAUGUGAGGUCUCGUUUGAUUUAUCUUAAUGAGUACUUUAUUCAUAUAAUCGUUAUAAUUUUUACUAAUAUAUAACGGAAGAUAUUUAUGGUCAAAGAAGUGCAUUGGCAAACGUGCACAGUUAAAGUACUAAAUUAGGACUAGAAGUUCUAAAUAUAAGUCUUAAAUACUUCCUCCGUUGUGUUUUAAAUGAAACACUGGGUGAAAUGACACUAUUAAUUGAUCAAUUUUUACUCCAAUUUAUCGCCAUUAUAUAAAGAAAAACAUAGUCAAGUGGGAUCUUGUUAGAUUCGUCUCGAUGCAUACAAUAAAAUUAUAACUUUUUUAUAUUUUUUACGUGUGCACAACUAAAUAUAUUAAUGAUUAAAGAAACAUGUUGGGUUACAUGAAAAAGCAAACGUUUCAUUUAAAACAGAACGGAGGAAGUAGAACAUUUACUCAUUGAGAAAAAAACAUAUUUUCAUUCGAAAUUAGGUGUAAACACGAACAUAUACUUGAAUAGAACAUUUGCUCAUCAAAUAUAGAACAUAUUUUCACAAAACAUAGAACAUAUUUGUUGCUGACAUAUAAGAUUUAAACGCACAUUUGUUGAAAUAGAACAUUUGCUUAUCAAAAAUAAAACAACUUUCACGGAAAAUAGAACAUAUUUUUCGCUGAAAAAUAAGCUUAAAACGAACAUUUGCUUAUCGAAAAUAGAACUUUUUUCACUGGAAGAUAGAACACAUUUUUUGCUGAAAAAUAUGCUUAAAACGAACAUUUGUUGAAAUAGAACAUUUACUCAUCGAGAAUGGAACAUAUUUACCGGGUAGUAAAAUUUUCAGUUGAACAUGGCUUUAGUAAGUUUGCAUUUAAACCUUAUGAUUAUUAUAUGAUUUUAGGGUAUUGUUUCCUGAUAUGGAUUUUUGCUGAGUGGGUCGAUAUAUUGAUUUUUGUUCAAAUUCUUUAGUCUUAGCUUAUUCUGUUGUAUAGGUAAUUGUCUCAAAUGUGAAUAUUGAUUUCUGUCUGCACUCAUGGGGUCUUGAUUGGUUCUUCAAAUAUCUUUCUGUAACCUUAUGUCAUUUUAGAACAAAUAUUUCUGCACACAGGCUUGUUUCUUCGAAUGUUUACUGCAUUAAGAAAUUGAGAUAGCAUUGGAUCGAGUUCUACACUCUGGCUUCAUUUGGUAUACUAAGCUCUUUGUGAUGUUUCCAAUCAGGAUCACCUAUCCACGCAUUGAGAUUUGAGAGUGCUCGAUUUUUUCUUCUGAAUGCUUAUUUGUUUACUGUAUUAAGAAGUAGGAAAAGCUUGCAUCAAGCUUUACGUUCUAAUCUGGCUUCAUUGGCUUAAUUGAGCUCUUCGGGAUUUCUCCACUCAGGAUCACAUAUGCAUGCAUAAAGAGGGGGUUUCAGUAUUAAAAAGGAUCUGGCUAUGGGAAGGUAUACACUGCUUGAAAAGAGGAAGUCAUCUAAAAACUGUUUGACCAUCCUCAUUGCUGUGGUUGUCUCAGCGUGUUUAAUAGGGAUUUGGACUACAAUGUCCUCAAUAGCAGACUCUGCAUGGAAUUUCGGGAUAUCUGUAGGAUUCACCAAUGAUGUCAGCCAAUAUGAAGUGAGUGCAAGGAACUCUGGGGAAUUUGAGGAUAGCUCAAGUGACUUGCAUAAGGAUGGCCUUAGAAGGGAUGUUAACCGCGCCAGUGGGAGGGAUGAAAGUGAUUCAAAAGCACAGAAAGAUGAAAAUGUACUUCAGGAAUUUGAGACAUUGCGUAAAGAGUAUAACUCAGAGAAAGCUGGCUCUGAUGAUGAUGAAAGGAGAAAAGAAGUUCAGUCCAGAAAGGAUGAAGAUGCCACACGUAUUGAAGAAAACUUAGUGUUGAACAAUAAAGUAGAUGACACCACUAAAAAAGAUCAACUAGAACCUAACAUAAAGACAGAUGUUAGUAAAGUGAAAGCACAUGAAGGUGGAGAGAGAUCUAGGUUGGAGGAGGGUUCUAAUGGCAGGAAGGAGAAGAUAGAUGAAAGGAAGGAUGAAGCCAACAGUCAAAGUGUGGAGCUAGUUAGUGAUAGUUCGGAUGAAAAAAAUGGCCAAGCAGAGUUAUUAAACGGAACUUCAACUCAAAAUGAGGCUUUGUCAACUCAAACAGCAGAGACAGAGAAACAGAAAGUUUCUCAGUUAUUCUCAUUAUUCAAGGAUCAAAACCGGUACAGAUGGAAACUCUGUAAUGUCACUGCUGGCCCGGAUUAUAUUCCUUGCCUUGACAACAUUCAAGCUAUCAGAACGCUCCCAAGCACAAGUCAUUAUGAACAUCGAGAGAAGCAUUGCCCUGAAGAAGCUACCACUUGUCUCGUUCCUCUGCCUGAGGGGUAUAGAACUUCAGUGAAGUGGCCUAAAAGCAGAGAGAGGAUAUGGUUUGCCAAUGUACCCAAUAUCAAGCUCGUUGAAUUCAAGGGACAUCAGAAUUGGGUACAGGUUUCUGGCAGUUACAUAACGUUUCCUGGAGGUGGGACUCAAUUUAAGCAUGGUGCAAUGCAUUACAUUGAUUUUAUCCAGAAGUGGGUUUUUCCUCUCAAAAUUACUGGAAUCCAGAUUGUUCCUGAUAUUGCUUGGGGGAAGCAAAGUCGUGUAGUUUUGGAUGUUGGAUGUGGUGUUGCUAGCUUUGGAGGUUAUCUUUUUGAUAGAGAAGUACUAACUAUGUCACUGGCGCCGAAGGAUAAGCAUGAAGCGCAGGUGCAGUUCGCACUUGAAAGAGGAAUACCUGCUAUAUCUGCUGUUAUGGGUACCAAAAGAUUACCCUUCCCUAGCAUGGUCUUUGAUGCUGUCCAUUGUGCACGCUGCAGGGUCCCUUGGCAUGUUGAAGGUGGUAAACUGCUUUUCGAAUUGGAUCGUGUCUUGCGGCCAGGAGGUUAUUUUGUAUGGUCUGCUACUCCAGUUUACCGUAAAGAUCCAGAGGAUGUGAACAUCUGGAAAGCUAUGUCGAAGCUGACAAAGUCAAUGUGCUGGGAGCUUCUGAGAAUCAGGAAGGAUAAAGUGAAUGGAGUCUCUGUGGCGGUAUAUAGAAAACCUACUUCUAAUAAUUGCUUUGAGAGCAGAACAAAAAAUGAUCCUCCCCUUUGUCUAGAAUCUGAUGACACGAUUGGAGUAUGGAAUAUAGCAUUGCAGACAUGCAUACACAAAGUGCCAACAGAUCCAUCAGAACGUGGGUAUCACUUUCCAGCUAAGUGGCCAUCAAGGUUGGAAAAACCUCCUUACUGGUUGAACGAUUCUGAGGCUGGGGUCUAUGGUAAAGUUGCUCCUAAGGAUUUUGUUGAUGACUACAAGCACUGGAAACGUGUUGUUGCCGAAUCAUAUUCAGAUGAAAUUGGUAUUGAUUGGUCUUCUGUGAGGAACGUGAUGGACAUGAAAGCUGUAUACGGAGGAUUUGCUGCAGCCUUGAAGGACCUGAAACUGUGGGUGAUGAAUGUAGUUCCUGUCAUUUCAUCAGACACCCUGCCGGUUAUAUAUGAACGAGGUUUAUUUGGAAUAUAUCAUGACUGGUGUGAAUCAUUCAGUACUUAUCCAAGAUCUUAUGAUCUGCUUCACGCUGAUCAUCUUUUCUCUGAUCUCAAGAAAAGAUGUAACUUUGUGGCAGUAAUGGCAGAAGUAGACAGAAUCUUAAGGCCAGAAGGAAGUCUGAUAGUGAGAGACGAUGCUGAAACCAUAGCUAAGGUGGAGAGCAUGACAAAUUCCUUACAAUGGAAGAUCAAGUUCAGUUUUUCAAAAAAUAAUGAAGGAUUGCUUUGUGUUCAGAAGUCAAGAUGGCGUCCCUCUGAUAUUGAAACUAUCUCAUCAGCCAUAGCUUAGCUUUGGUGCAUUGGAUUAGGUGAUGCUUGGUACUAUAUGCUGUUCUAGAAUAGGUAUACUAUAUUGUUCUAAAUCAUUAAUUUUGAAGCAUUGACACUCAAGAAUCCAUCAAUUAUUACCUCAAUGCCUCUCUUUGAGGUAUGAGGGCCGUAUAUAUGCAACCUUUGAGGUAGGAGGGCCUGUGCAAUGCACGGGUUGUGUAAUGUUUAACUACUUGUUAGGCUUGGGCUAUGCGCCUGGUAAUAUAAUGUUCUGUUUUAAAAUUAUAACACCAAACAUAACUUGGUUUAGUGGUUAAGACUUUAGUAUAUAAGCAUGACUUCAUACACAUUUAUUGUUGUUUAUUGUGUCCUUUUCAUAAUUUUAUAUUUCACAAGUUUCAUUUA